AAGAAAUCACAGUGAAUGGUUACUUCGACCAGAUUCGUGUGAUCGAGUCUUGUGACAAAUUUCAUCGUCGUUCCUUCUUUUUUUUUUUCAUUUUACGUUGAAGAUAAAAAGGCAGAUAGGUUUGAAAAUGCAACCAGUAAUGAUCUGUUGGUAUAGUAGUAAUGGUAGGUCAAUUUACUGAAGGUAAAUCUCGGCUACAUCUUCCCUGAAGCGGUUUACGAGAUGAUAAAAAUGUGGAUGGGAUAGGAGGGGUUGUUCGUGUACUCUUGUUUACGGAUAUAAUCCCCGAAGCGAAACGUAAAAAUGAGGAUUCCUUAUGCUGUGCCGAGGAACGUCUUUGAAGCCUACAAAUGUUCGGACGAGACAAUGCGUUUAUUCAGCGAACGCGACAGAACAAUUCGAGCUGAAGAUGAAUUCUGGGACGAGAAAAAUGUUACAAGCUUGAGGGUGCUUGCCCUUAGUGUCAUAGCUUCGACAUGGAAAGACAACCCUAUAUUAGAGGAACUACCGACUUGCGAGGAUAGAGAUAUGCUUAUGGAAAUCUUACCCAUCGAUUUACCAUUUAAACUGGUUAUCAAGAAGAUAGAGGACGAACAGUAUUGGGAACGAUGCUCUAGAAACAGAUGGGAGCACAACAAUCCGGCGGAUCAUGGCGAUUCCUGGCGACGACUCUACUGCGAGGGUCAUCUCUGCGAAUAUUUGGAAAAUCUCGAGCCAAGUUACUACGAGUCCCAGCAAGAGAAAUGCGAAGAAACAAUUCAACUUGUACAAAAUUAUGUACACACCUUGGUACUGCGUACUCUUCGUCCCACCAAAAAACGUACAAAAUUUUUCGACGACGAGGAUCCCUGUGUCGUCGAAGAAGAGCCCGUUCACCACAUCCCUUUCGCGAUUAUUCUACCCCAGCUUCCUCAUCUCACCGAAAUUCGCAUCAAUUUCGAGGUGGUUUACAUGAACGACGGUUUCGAAUGGCGAGACUUUGAGUUCUCGGUGGAAGAUUGCAUGGCUCUUGGAAAAGGGAUCGAGGCCUGCCCGAAAUUGAGGAAAUUCAUUCUGUCCAGGAGCAACCUGGAUCAGCCACGUGCCGCGGCUUUGCUCCAAGGGAUUCUGGGGAACCACCACAUAGAAGAAAUAGAUUUCUCGCAUUGCAAACUAGGAGACAAAGGAGCCUAUGCUAUCGGUGAAUUUCUACGAGUCCAUAAAAAUUUGAAGACCAUACAUUUAGCCAAUAAUGAUAUAGGACCGGAAGGAGUGUCAGGGAUAAUAAACGGAUUACUUAAAAGAGAAGACUCGAUACUGAAGCAUCUAAAUUUGAAAUUGAACCCUCUGCUCGACGAUGGAGUGGUUCACGUAUGUGCCUAUCUACUACGGAAAGACAGUUUAGAAGUUCUGGACUUGAGCGCUUGCGGAAUAACAGCUGACGGAGGUGCAGCGUUAGCCGAAAUAUUCGGUUCUGGCUCUUUGAGCUUCGAAACUUUCAGCCUCGACGUGUCUAAUAAUGACUUUAAUGAAACAGGCAAGAGAAUAGGUUCAAAGGGUUAAGCCACGUUGAAACUUCCAGAAAAUCGAAUUUCCUGUUUUUGACUUGAAAUAGUUG